AUGGAACAGAUAUAUGCAACAAAAGAGAAGUCCAGUGAUAGAAAACGUGUGGCACUUAUCAUCAACAAUGUGAAGUUCAGAAACUGCUUGUAUAAUCGGACAGGAGCAGAGAAGGACGAAGCGAGUAUGGCCAUCCUGCUGGAGGGAUUAGGUUAUAAUGUAAUCAUACUUAACGACCAGUGUUCAGAGGGAAUGGAAGCUGCCUUAAGAGACUUUUCACAAUGUGGUGAACACAUAUAUUCAGACAGCACAUUUGUUGUUGUGAUGUCCCAUGGUGGACCUGAUGGGAUUUAUGGCAUUAAUUUUAAUGAAACAGAAAGGGACAUUUUCCCAGUUGACAAGAUCUUUUACUACCUAAACUCUGAGCACUGCCCCAGACUAACAGACAAGCCGAAAAUCAUUCUUAUUCAGGCCUGCAGAGGAGAUGAGAAAGGCCAUGUAUGGGUUUCUGAUGGUGUAGCCUCCAGUAGAGGAACAAAGCAACACAGAGAGAAAGAUUUUGGCUGUCUCAGAUCAUGCACACCAGACACUGUAUCCAUCAGGAAUACUGGCUCUGGCUCAAUUUUUAUUCAGAGUCUUGUGAAAAUCUUCAAUGAACACGCUCAUGAGGAUGACAUCAUGGAACUGUUCAGAAAGGAUGCAUUUUGGUUUGAAGAAGCAGCCAAGAAAGAUAUGUGUCCUUACCAAAUGCCAUGCUUGGAGAGAACUACUCUAGUAAAGAAGUUUUACUUUAGUUUACUUUAGUUUACUUUAGUUUUGACUUUAAACAAUAGCUCAGGUUGCUGCCACAAGGAAAUUGGUGCACAAGUUAAGCAAUACCUGAAAUAUCUUUAUCAGUAGCUCUUAUUAAAGGACAAUGAUAUGUCACUGCUAUAAAGGUAUACUAAGCUUAAUUAAGUCUAAGCUAAAUCUGGGAACUCACCUCCCAGAAUCCUUUGCUUCCCCUCUGACUUUCAGAGUGCUGCUUUUACCAUAAGCUUGGCUCAUUGGCGCCACAAGUUGUUUUGUCUUUUUCUUUGUUUUGGCUCUCUCUCACAGACAUGGUGUAGAUUCCGCUCUGAACAGUCAGCUAAAGCCAGUCUCCUUAUUCUUUAAAUGGUUGAUACUAUACAGUAGUAUCUUAUUAUCAAAGUAUACAUCACCAAAUGUGUUCUGUUAUUUAACAUAUUAUAGAUCAAUGUGCUCUGUUUGUUAGUUCUUGUUGCUGCUUCUUUUGUAUAUGUAUAUAUAUAUUUUUGCAUUUUUCCCAAUUACCCGUAUGCAUUAAGCUUCCUCUAAUGAUGCUGACCUCCACUCCUGACCUGACACACGCCCCCUCCUGCAAUCCGACACGUAUGCAGCAGUCGACUGCAUCUUUUUACCUGCACGAGGCAAGUUCAUUUGUGGAUCAGCUUUUGUGUAUGGAAAGCCACACCCUGAUCAACACAUUGUCUCUCGACUCUGUGCAGACGCCAUCAAUCAACCAGCAGGUUGUAACUGCAUUAGUUAUGAGGUUCUGUCAGCUCCCACCUUGUAUGAACAACAGGCCAAUCGUUGUUCAUGUAGGCGCCCAGCUGAGUUUCGAACCCACGAGGUGUGCUAGCGUGUUUUACCGCUGUGCCACCUGAGCAUAUUUUGUAUAUUUUUAAUAAAGAUUCAUUUCCAUCUUUUUUUUUUCUCAGGAAUGUGAAAUCAUGUUUGUAUGAAAAUGCUGCUGUACAUGUUUUAAAAUAAAUUUUUAU